CUUAUUUUUUCUUUCUUUCUUUUUUCUUCCUUUACCUUCCAUCAUCCUUUUAAACUAUUAUGUCUGACUUUUCUGAUGAUGAUUUUCAACCUCUUGACCCUACAUUAAAAAAUGUUCUUGAUCAAGACUCUCUUCAUUGGAUCUUUGUUGGUGGAAAAGGUGGUGUCGGUAAAACAACAACAUCUUGUUCCUUAGCUGUGCAACUUUCCAAAGUACGAGAAUCUGUCUUACUAAUCUCCACUGAUCCUGCCCACAAUUUAUCCGACGCGUUUGGUCAAAAGUUUUCUAAAGAAGCUACUUUGGUUAAUGGCUUUGAAAACCUUUAUGCAAUGGAAAUUGAUCCCACUUCAAGUAUUCAAGAAAUGAUUGAACAAUCUGAUCAAGGUAAUGCUAUGGGAAGUAUGGUACAAGAUUUGGCAUAUGCUAUUCCUGGUGUAGAUGAAGCUAUGGGUUUUGCUGAAGUGAUGAAACAAGUAAAAACCAUGUCAUAUUCCGUUGUGGUAUUUGAUACCGCACCUACUGGACAUACCCUUCGAUUCUUAUCUUUCCCUACUGUGUUAGAAAAGGCUUUGGCAAAGAUCAGCGGACUUAGUGGUAGAUUUGGUCCAAUGUUCCAACAAGUAUCUGGGAUGAUGGGAAUGAAUGCAAAUCAAGAAGAUAUGUUUUCAAAAUUGGAAGAAAUGCGAUCUGUGAUUACUGAAGUCAAUAAUCAAUUCAAGGAUCCUAGUACUACUACAUUUAUUUGUGUUUGUAUCUCUGAAUUCUUAUCAUUAUAUGAAACGGAACGUAUGAUUCAAGAAUUGACAUCGUACCAUAUUGAUACCCACAAUAUUGUUGUCAAUCAACUAUUAUUUCCAAAAGAUGGCACCAAUUGUGAACAUUGUAGUGUACGACACAAAAUGCAACAAAAAUACUUGGAACAAAUUUAUGAUCUGUAUGAAGAUUUCCAUAUUAAUCCUGAUGCUGGUGAUAAGUUUAAAGAAAUCUCUCAUGCCUAUGAAAUAUUAGCAGAUGGUGAACGAAGACAAAUGUAUGAUCAGUUUGGUGAAGAAGGCUUAAAUGGACAAGGAGGCAUGGGUGGUAUGGAUGCAGAGGAUUUAUUUUCUCAACUAUUUGGUGGAGGCUUAUUUGGUGGUGGUGGUGGUGGACGUGGAAGACCUUCUGGACCUCGUCGUGGCAAAGAUAUGGUACAUCAACUCAAGGUUAGUUUGGAAGAUUUAUACAAGGGUAAAACUACAAAAUUAGCUUUACAAAAACAUGUAUUAUGUGCCAAAUGUGAAGGUCGUGGUGGAAAAGAAGGCAGUGUAGCUACUUGCAAGACUUGUAAUGGUCAAGGUGUCCGUCUGAUUAUGCGCCAAAUGGGUCCUAUGAUUCAACAAAUCCAACAACCUUGUAAUGAUUGUGGUGGCCAAGGUGAAACAAUUGAUCCCAAAGAUCGUUGUACUGAAUGUCAAGGUCGCAAGAUUCUUAAUGAACGCAAGAUUUUGGAAGUCCAUAUCGAUAAAGGUAUGCGUGAUGGUCAAAAAAUCACUUUCUCUGGUGAAGGUGAUCAAGCUCCCAAUGUUGUACCUGGUGAUAUCAUUAUUGCUCUUGAUGAAAAACCCCAUCCUGCUUUCAAACGCAAAGGAGAUGAUCUCUUUUAUGAUGCCAAGAUUGACUUGUUGACUGCUUUGGCUGGUGGUCAGUUUGCUAUACCCCACUUGGAUGAGCGUAUUCUGUUGGUCACUGUUUUACCUGGUGAAGCUAUUCAUCCUGAUAUGGUCAAGGUGAUCCCUAAUGAAGGUAUGCCUACUUAUCGUCAUCAUAACCAUGGUAAUCUUUUUAUCAAAUUUACUAUUGAAUUCCCUCCCAACAAUUGGACCGAUCCUGAUACUAUUGCCAAGUUGGAAUCCGUUUUGCCUCCUAGACAACCUUUACCUGACUUUGGUGACAAACAUGUUGAUGAUGUUGUUAUGGCUGAUGCCGAAGCUUAUCAAUCUUCAAGAUCUCAAGGUGGUCAUGCUCAUGAUGAAGAUGAAGAAGACGACGGUCGUGGCCCUGGUGUACAAUGUGCUCAAUCCUAAACCUUUUUUUUUAUUAUUAUUAUUUCUUGGGUAGUUAUAGUUUUAUUUAGUAGUAGUGGUAUAUACGUAUAUAUUAUAGGAAAGAAUAAAUGAUUGUUGAUAGGAAUAUAUCUUUUCUUGUUUGUUUACAUAUAUAUAUAUAGAGUAUAAUAUGUAUUGUCUAUGGAGUAUACGGCAUUUUUUUU